AUGGCUAACCCGAUGAUACCAAGCGACUCGAUGCCGCAUCCCAAGAUAUCCAGGAAAGAGAUUCCCGUCUCGGGGAUCGUUUGCUCUGUCUAUGGGCUUGAAGAAAUACCCUCCCAGGCGACGGAAGUGUCUUGUCUCUAUCUGCUGCAUCCACGCUCGAAUACCCGCGAGUGCAUGGAAUGGGCUGCUGUUGGGGCAGUGGCAGAGUGGAACAGACGACUAGCCAGCAAGCAGGUUGCUCCGAGUGAGCAGAACAAGGGGCUGGUAGCUAUAUCCUUCGACCAGCGGAACCAUGGCUCGAGAGAGGUGGAAAAGCUGUGUAACGAGUCCUGGAAACAGGGGAAUCCAAAUCAUGCACAGGAUAUGUUUUCUAUCUUCAAUGGCACAACACGAGAUGUGUCUAUAUUGAUCGACUAUAUGGGAUGCUAUCUCUUCCCCAAGUCAGACCGUAGAAUCACCAACAACCUCGCCCUGGGUGUCUCUCUCGGUGGGCAUGCCGCAUGGGGCUGCAUCCUUCAUGAGCCACGCAUCACAAGCGCCAUCGUCAUCGUCGGUUGUCCAGACUAUAUCAACCUGAUGACUGAUCGAGCACGGCUUUCAAAGUUGCCUACCUGGACAGGGAACAGUCCACCUGGCUCUCAGUUCUUAGGCUCUGAGUCGUUUCCACAACCUCUGAUAGAGAGCUUGAGGCAUUGGGACCCCGCAAGCCUUUUUCUCAGCCAUAUGAGUGAUCACUCGUUCAAGGAACCUAGCCGUAGCAACCCCAUACGUGACCCUACCGAAGAGGAGAAGGACGCUCUCCGACCGUUGAUGAGGCGGUGCCUGGCGGGCAAGAAGAUACUAACCCUCUCUGGUGGUGCGGACAAGUUGGUUCCAUAUGCGCGUGGAGAACCAUUUUUGACAUGGUUGAAGAGGGCCAUUGGACCAGACGGAUGGUACGCAGAAGGGAAGAUAUCGUUAGAAGAUAUCAUCUUUGAGGGGGUGGGACACCAAGUUACGCCCCCAAUGAGAGACGAGGCCAUCAGGUUCAUCGGCGAGUGUCUCUCUGCGGGUCAGGAUAGCUCAUCGAGAUCUGCCAUGGUUAGGACAUCCAAGAUGUAG